AUGGACCGGCUGUUGCGGCGACCUGCGCUGGUCCGUAAACGCAAUGGUCAUGUCAUCAGUCCUGAGACUAGCCAGCGUCGCGCUACCAGCCGUAGUGAGCAGGUCCCUAAAGUUGACGACCAUGAACACGUCCCGACUGGUGGAUGUGGUCGACACUGCAGUCGAGAUCCUAUCCGUCUUGAGCCAGGGCUGCCCAAACGCCCAGCCCUCGCCGCUGAGGCUGGUCUGGGAGCUAGCGGAGCCGACGAUGCUGCCGGGCGUGACGGCGUAGGCUGCCUGCAGGUUCCCGACGACGCCGGAGGGCAGCUCCGCGAAGCCGUGCUGCGUGUUCUCGACGACGGUCGUGAUGCACCCAAUCGGGUAGCGGGCCUGCACCACGACGGCGCACGUCCUGUCCCGGUCCGAGGCGGGAGUCAGCUCCGCGGCGAACUGGUCAAAGCCCAGCGUCACCGCCGUCCGGUCAAGGCUGAUCUGGUUGGUAAAGGUGCCCGACGGGCAGCCGUUUCCGGCCACCGUCACGGUCUGGAUCUGAAUCUGGUCGCCGACUGGGAGGUUCUGGCGGCGCUCGAGGGGGUUGGUCGGCGCUGCGAUGGCCAGGUGCAGGAGGGGGAUGAGAGUGGGUGCUAG